AUGCAUAAGAUUGUCGAUGGUUAUGAAAAAGUCGCUGACAAUCUUAAUGCACAUGUCCAUCCGAACGAUCCAUAUCCGACCACGGAAUAUUUGAGAUCUUCAAUAAAGAUGGGAGCUGAGGUGUUAUUCCUGGAGCGUAUUGAGGUAUCAUCAGAACAACCAUUAUGGAUCCUAUGUUGGGCAGGCACCAACGUACUCGCCUCCGUCCUGCUGAGUCGAAAAUACACAUUCUUCCUCGGACGCUGCAGAGUUACGGUCAAAAUUACGCGUUUACACGAUCUCCGGCCAGGACGAUACUGGCGCGUGGAUCCGCAACAAGUACUCUGUACGUACCCGGAUAUCUUCUGUAUCUGCUCCAUUCACGGGUGGAGCCAAUGCGGACUCGCGACAUGGUCUAGUAUCUCCGGUGAGCGAUGGUAUGGCUUCGACCACGGUGGACCAGAUCCAACAAGAGUCAGCAAGGACUGGAUUCGCAAAAACAUCCAGAUUGGUCCACUGGGGUCUGUGUAUCCAGAUGUUAUGGUUAUCCCGGAAGGGGAUACGCUAACAUUCCUGUAUCUCAUUCAGAACAGCCUUGGUGUACCUGAACAUCCCGACUACGGGUCCUGGGGCCGAAGAUAUAAUCGUACAUCUACCACUAGUGGCAACAGAUAUUAUAGUGAUGUAGCUGACGAAAUGAUCGGUCUUGACGGCCGAAAACACAAGUCCAACCAAGCCACAAUCUGGCGAUGGCGGAAUGCCUUUUAAAACGACUUCGCCGCACGCAUCAGAUGGACGCUUUCCCCAGACCCGAGGAGCGCAAAUUACAACCCCGUGGUCAUCUUCAACGGAAACACAGGAAUCGAGCCUUUAAACUUUGAGCUGGAGGCCGGAUCAACAUUUCAGCUAGAAGCGUCCGCCAGUUACGACCCAGAUGAAGAUGACACGCUUACUUUCAGGUGGUAUCAGCACAUUG